GACAAUUUGACAUGCAAGACGUUCAAUAUCGGUAGUAUUUUACUCGUUAAUCACAUUAUUGCCUAUUCUUUGCAUUAGAGUAUAUCUAGAAGCAAUGUACAAGAUAUCAAACCUCAACAAUCACAAUUGGAUCUCAAGUGGGAUAUUGCAAUUAUGAAUCCCACAUACACCAUGUUGACACCAUUCAAAAUUUCUUAAAGUAUUUUCUGUCUUGUUCACUCGAAGAUUCACACCUUGAAUACUUCCCCUACUUGCAUCUUUCUCUCUCUCAGAUUCCUAUAUAAAGCCUGCUUCUUCCUGGUUUUCUCCUCUUCUUCAUUCAACAGAUACCGGACAUCGACAGGACCUCAUUUCACUAUUUUCAGACACGGACUAACCAAUAAAUAAGACACCAAAGAUCAAUCGCCAUGUCUUCCAGAGACAUUUAUAACAAGGCAACAGUCUACAGCCCUGUAGACACUCGCACCAACCCCCCUCAAAAUAGCAGUCCUUCCAAUAAGCUUUCUUCCUUCAAUCGGCCAUCCUCUUCUACCAUCCCAAAAGCAUACACUACACUCGAAAGAGACAAUAAAUCGACAAAUAAAUGUUUGUCUCAACAGCAUACCUUACUUCAAAGAGAUGGGCAGGCGUCUUCUUCCCGUGGACACACUUCAAGUUCUCAUGAUCGCACUCAGCUCAACAGAGACCAACAAUCAUCGUCAGGCUCAAGACGGCCCAGCAUGAUGCGCGCAGCAACAACUGCUCCUCCAGAUGCGAAGAGCAAGUUUAAGUCUCAGCAUGAUGUUAAAAUGGCCUCUCAACAAGUCAGAUAUCAUGAGAUGAAUUACGAAGAGAAGAAGAAACAGGACGAAUGGGUCAGUAAUUUCAUCGUUUAUGCUGGACCAUGCCCUGCUGGGUUCAGCUGGGAGCGUGUCAAGUAUGGAUAUGUCUGUAAUGGCGGGAAUCAUUUGUGUACCGAUGACCUUCUGGCUGAAGGUAAGGGCGGAUUUUACAUGGGAACUCUCGAUGCUGGAUGGUGGGGCCCAAUAUAUGACUCAGGCAACCAUUUACGAUUGCAAUAUGCAAAGAAUAUAGUUCUAGAGUAUGCCAAGAAACACGGAUUAGACCCAACAGUCGCCCCCGUCGUCCCACCACCUAAUAUACCAGCAAGUCAUGAAGUUCACCCAGGAAUUGCAAAAGCACUGGCAGGCCAGGGACAUAUGCCACAAGCUUGUCCAGUUGAAGAUUUCCUUCUACAAUUCCAGCUAGUAGGCGAAUUUGAGAGAAGUAUGGGACUUGGAAACAACUCUAGGUCCUCUCACCAUAUUUCUGGAGUAUCAAGUCACUAUACGUCAAAUGGUCAUCGAUCAUCAAGUGGAUAUCUCUCAUCUAGUAGACAUCACUCAUCCGGAGGAACACCUCAGCUAAGCACCCUCUAUGGACCAGGCGGUCUACCAAAUAGACUUGCAAUGGGCACGCGCUAUGGCUCUGUAUCCCAGGGAGGUCAAUUCUCGCACGGAUAUCUACCAGCUGCUUAUUCCAAUGAUCCACAUGGACAAGGGCCAUUAGGAAGCCGCAAACAUUAAGCCUGAUUCGGCGGAGGAAGGAAUCUGUGUAUUACGCUAUACUACGUUCUAGGGAAUACUAGAUGACAGUAAUGAUAAUGACGAUGCGUGACUUUAGCUAAGGACAUACUUAGAUGACAGAUAGUUUAAUGCGAGGUUUUAUAUCA